AUGGAAAAGGAAACUGCUGUGGAUGACACUGUGAAAACCUCAGAGGUAGGAGAAAUGGGAGGGAAUGUAUCUAACAAGCCUCACAACAGUCAAGUGGAGGUCACACACAUGGAAAAGGAGGAGUGUGUAAUGUCAAGAGUUUCAAGCAGUCAUCCAGGUGAUUUUGAUGACAUGGUUACGGAGGAUGAUGAAGACAGUGAAUGGCUUCUCAAAGGAAUCCUCACGGAGGGCGCCUUCGCCUCCCUCAUCGCGGUCUCCGCCUCCGGCAACAACCUCCUGACGGCGGGAGCCUUCGGGGAGCUCCUGCGGCUGGACGGGGCAGUGCAGCGCCUCGCUGUUCCCGGGGGGGGCCCAGGCACCCAACUCUCCUACCCGGACCUGUGCGUCCGGAGCAACGGGUCCUGCAGCAGCCCCAACCCGCUCCUGGCGGCCGUGCAGGGCGAGCCGGCCCGGCUAGAGCCCCUCCUCCGGCAGCUCACCUACCCCGUGUUCGGGAGCCGCGUUUUCAUGGGCACCUUCUUAGGGGGCGUUCAGCUGGCUCGCGGAGCGGGCGCCUCCCGGGUGCAGGCGGCCAAAGCCCUGAGGCUGGUUUAUUACCUGCGAGAAGACGACGCCGCGGACCGAGAGAGGAGUUUGCAGUGGCUGGAAAACUUCCUCAAGCGCAUCCCGGCUGAGCUGGAGGCUUUAAAUCUCACCGCUGUCCAGGUGGCUUACUUUACCUCAAUAUCCAGACAAGAAGAGUUUGAAGGAAAUACCAGGAAAGUGAUCCCCCUGUUUUCCAUAACAUACUUCUUAACUAUAACCUUUUCCAUUAUUUCUUGUUUAAGGGUUGACUGUGUACGAAAUAAAGGGUGGGUUGCAGCCUUUGGAGUGCUGUCUUCUGGGUUAGCUGUGCUAAGCAGCUUUGGACUGUUGCUGUUCUGUGGGGCACCAUUUGACAUGACUGUAGCAAGUGCACCAUUUCUUAUAUUGGGGGUUGGUGUUGAUGACAUGUUCAUUAUGAUCUCCUGCUGGCAACAGACUAAUCCUAAAAAUAACAUUGAAAAGCGGAUGUCUGAAACUUAUGCAGAGGCAGCAGUGUCUAUCACAAUCACCACUCUCACUGAUGUUUUAGCCUUCUACAUAGGGAUGAUAACUUCCUUUCCAUCUGUGAAGUCCUUUUGUCUCUACACAGGAACUGCUUUCAUCUUCUGCUAUAUAUACAACAUCACAUUCGUAGGAGCUGUCCUUGCUUUAAAUGGUAAAAGGGAAGAAGGCAACAGACACUGGUUAAUUUUCACAAAAGUGAAGGACGUUGUUCAGCCUCAUCGCUCCUACUUGUACAACAUGUGCUGUGUAGGAGGCUUUUCUGAUAAAUCUUCUGGGGGAGAAGGUGAACAUCCAAUGAACAAAUUCUUUAGGAAAUAUUAUGGUCCUUUCCUUACAAAGACCUGGACCAAAGUGUUUGUGGUGUUGCUGUAUGGAGGGUUCCUGGCUACUAGUAUUUAUGGGUGUACUCAGGUGAAGGAAGGUAUUGACCUGCGAAAUCUGGCUAUUGACGAUUCUUAUGUCAUUCGGUACUAUGACUGGGAAGAUGAAUAUUUCUCAGAGUACGGUCCUAGGAUUAUGGUCACUAUCACAGAAAAUGUACCUUAUUUGAAUCUAUCCAUUCGUAAUGACAUUGAGAACUGUAUGGAGUCUUUAGAAAAUAACUCCUACGUGGACAAGAGUCUCUCAGAGUCAUGGCUACGAAUGUAUGAGAAUGUUGCUAGAAUUGGUUCACUGAAUAUAGAUACUAAGGCGUUUUUCAUGGGUAAUUUAUCUGAACUAUAUAAAUUAUUUCCAGAGUUUGAAUGGGACAUUGAUAUUCGCUAUAAGGAAAUAGCAGCCUCACGUUUUUUCAUUCAAACAGUGAACGUUACUACUGCAAUUGAUGAGAAAAACCUUUUACACCAAUUAAGAGACCUGGCCAAGGACUGUAAGAUCCCAUUAAUGGUAUAUCACCCAGCAUUUAUAUACUAUGAUCAGUAUAUCGUAAUAGUGCCAAACACCAUUCAGAAUUUUGGAAUUGCUACCGGAGUUAUGUUGUGUAUUUCCUUGCUGCUUAUUCCCAAUCCACUCUGCUCCUUGUGGGUAACUUUUGCUAUUGCUUCUGUUGUUGGUGGUGUUGCUGGUUUCAUGACAUACUGGGAUGUCAAUCUUGAUUCCAUAUCUAUGAUCAACCUUGUCAUUUGCAUCGGAUUUUCAGUAGAUUUUUCUGCUCAUAUAUCGUAUGCAUUUGUUUCAAGUCAAAAGUCAAGUAUGAAUGAGAAGGCAGUUGAUGCACUGUAUCUUCUUGGCUACCCCGUGAUACAAGGUGCUCUCUCCACUAUAUUAGGAGUAAUUGUGCUGUCUGCAGCACAAACGUACAUCUUCAGAACAUUUUUUAAGAUUAUGUUUCUCGUUAUCUUGUUUGGAGCUGUUCAUGGUCUUGUUUUUAUUCCAGUAUUUUUAACCUUUUUUGGAAUUUAUGGCAGAUCAUCAAACAAAAGAGUAAAUAUAAAAACAAUAGGAAAAAACAGCAGCUCUUUUAGUAACAGACAAAAUCCAAUUAAUGUCUCAAACAGCUUCAUGCUGAAGCCAAAGUAAAUCCAGAUUGCUCAUAAAUUCACUUACACUUUAAAAUACAGCAUAUCAGCCAAAAAGAACACGUUGAAGGUUUCAAAACAUUAAUCUGCAGAUUUAAAUUAGCAUUGUAUGAAAAUGUCACAGAUUUGUACUGUUCAAGUUUAACACUUAAUGGGAGUAGCUCAAAGCCCACUAGGGAACUUUUAGCGCACUGUAGCAGGGUUCUCAUGGACAGUUACUGCACAGCAUGCAAGUGUGCUAUAGAUUAGACCCCAGUUUGCCAUGCACAAACUGUUCAUCCAGAUAAGCCCUUAGAUCAUAAGAGAAAACAUGAGUCAAGUGAAAUGAUAUCAUAAUAUUAGAAGAUUACCAAACAAAAAAACUUUGUUAAAAUACAUUUAACAUUAAAAGCAUGUUUCAGUAGAGUCCAGAUAAAACCCUUCAGAAUGACACUUUCCCUUACCAAAAUGCUACAGAAAAUAUUAAGAAGUUUGGAGAUCAUUGAAGAGCUCCAACCAGUUCCACACUGCUGCAUAAUCUUUUGUCACUCAUUAUAACCCUGCUUGACAUAAUCCAGUGACCAUCUUUAAGAUUACCACUCUCUUGUAUUCUAUAAAGGAU